GGUUGUCCUGUGGCAGGGCCCGGAUGUGGAAUUAAUAAAUACGGUGGUUUAACCCGUGCGCUGCUGGUGAGGCGAGGCCAGGCCGGACUAGACCAGACGAGGCGGGGUAGAUUGCGGCUGUGGGCAAGUCGGAGGGCUGUCCAAUGGCAAUAAAGUGAUCAAUCAUGGCUCUAAUGAUUCCCACAGUCAAGCUAAAAUGGCUGGAGCAUCUCAACAGCUCCUGGAUCACAGAAGACAGUGAGUCCAUUGCCACAAGAGAAGGUGUUUCUGUUUUGUACAAUAAGCUAGCUAACAGUAAGGAAGUGAUACCACUACCACAGCAAGUACUCUGCCUUAAGGGACCCCAGUUACCAGAUUUUGAACGCGAGUCCCUCUCUAGUGAUGAACAAGAACAUUACCUGGAUGCUCUCCUCAGUAGCCAGCUGGCUCUGGCAAAGAUGGUUUGCUCAGAUUCACCAUUUGCAGCAGCCCUUCGGAAACGAUUACUUGUGUUGCAGCGUGUUUUUUAUGCUCUUUCCAACAAAUACCAUGACAAAGGUAAAGUUAAACAGCAGCAGCAUUCGCCCGAAAGCAGUUCUGGAUCAAUUGACAUCCAUUCUGUCAGUGAACGCCCAAGAUCCAGUACAGAUGCUCUAAUUGAGAUGGGUGUUCGGACUGGAUUGAGUUUAUUGUUUGCACUAUUACGACAGAGCUGGAUGGUGCCUUCUACAGUGCCAGGGCUCAACCUCUGCAAUGAUGUUAUCCAUACAGCAAUAGACGUGAUUAGCUCUUUACCACCACUAUCUUUAGCAAAUGAAAGCAAAAUUCCUGCAAUGGGACUGGACUGCUUAUCUCAAGUAACGACAUUCCUGAAGGGAGUUACAAUGCCAAACUCGGGAGCUGAUAUUUUGGGGAGAAGACUAGCAUCAGAACUGCUGCUUGGACUUGCAGCCCAGCGGGGUUCUCUGCGAUACUUUUUAGAGUGGAUAGAAAUGGCAUUGGCUGCAGCUGCUGCUGUUAGUACCAUGGAAAUAACAAAACCGUGUGCGAGUCGGGAAGGAAUGAUCGGCUAUGAUUGUUUCAUGAAUAUUCUCAUGCAGAUGAGGCGUUCUUUGGGUUCAUCAGCUGAUCGGAGUCAGUGGCGAGAGCCUACCAGAACGCCUGAUGGUUUGUGCUCAUUAUAUGAGGCAGCUCUCUGCCUCUUUGAAGAGGUUUGUCGAAUGGCCUCGGACUACUCCAGGACGUGCGCAAGCCCUGAUAGUUUGCAGAGUGGCGAUACUCCAAUGGUGUCGGAAACAUGCGAAGUAUAUGUUUGGGGUAGCAACAGCAGUCAUCAGCUAGUUGAGGGAACGCAGGAAAAGAUUCUGCAGCCAAAACUAGCUUUAAGUUUUGCUGAUGCGCAAACUAUUGAAGCUGGACAGUAUUGCACGUUUGUCAUUGCAUCUGAUGGAUCAGUAAGAGCAUGUGGCAAAGGCAGUUAUGGAAGGCUUGGUCUCGGCGACUCAAAUAACCAAUCAACUUUGAAAAAAUUAACCUUUGAGCCACAUCGAGCUAUCAAAAAAAUCUCCUCAUCAAAAGGCUCCGAUGGUCAUACCCUGGCCUUUACCACAGAGGGGGAAGUCUUCAGCUGGGGUGACGGUGACUAUGGCAAACUUGGACAUGGUAACAGUUCAACACAGAAAUACCCUAAACUCAUUCAAGGACCUCUCCAAGGGAAAGACGUUGUAUGUGUCUCUGCUGGCUACAGACACAGUGCAGCUGUCACAGAAGAUGGUGAAUUGUAUACCUGGGGUGAAGGGGACUUUGGAAGAUUAGGCCAUGGUGAUAGCAAUAGUCGUAACAUCCCCACCUUGGUGAAGGAUAUAAGCAAUGUAGGUGAAGUAUCUUGUGGAAGCUCACACACCAUUGCGUUAUCUAAAGAUGGACGAACAGCAUGGUCUUUUGGGGGAGGUGACAAUGGUAAACUGGGUCACGGUGAUACGAAUCGAGUUUAUAAACCGAAGGUUAUUGAAGCCUUGCAAGGAAUGUUCAUUCGUAAAGUCUGUGCUGGGAGCCAGUCUUCACUUGCUUUGACAUCAACUGGCCAGGUAUAUGCUUGGGGCUGUGGUGCUUGUCUUGGAUGUGGCUCUUCGGAAGCUACUGCUUUGAGACCCAAACUUAUUGAGGAACUAGCGACAACAAGAAUAGUUGACCUCUCGAUAGGAGACAGCCACUGUUUGGCGCUUUCACACGAUAAUGAGGUUUACGCUUGGGGUAAUAAUUCUAUGGGGCAAUGUGGCCAGGGAAACUCGACCGGUCCCAUCACCAAACCUAAAAAAGUGAUUGCUUUGGAUGGCGUGGCAUGUCAGCAGAUCUCUGCUGGGACUUCACACAGCCUAGCUUGGACCGCAUUGCCCAGGGACAGGCAAGUGGUGGCAUGGCACAGACCUUACUGUGUAGAUUUGGAAGAAAGCACCUUCUCUCACUUGCGAUCGUUUCUCGAGUGGUACUGUGAUGGCAUCAACAGUGAAGUUCCACCUCUCCCCUUCCCUUCAUCCAGGGAACAUCAUAAUUUUCUUAAGCUAUGUCUCAAACUGCUGUCCAACCAUCUGGCCCUGGCUUUAGCUGGCGGUGUAGCUACCAGUAUCCUUGGGAGACAGGCCAGACCACUGCGUAAUCUGCUUUUCAGACUAAUGGACUCCUCUGUUCCUGAUGAAAUUCAAGAGGCUGUUAUAGAAACAUUGUCUGUGGGUGCUACGAUGUUACUUCCACCACUGCGGGAAAGGAUGGAGCUGCUACAUGCACUGCUUCCACAGGGUCCUGAUCGAUGGGAAAGCUUAACAAAAGGACAGAGAAUGCAGCUGGAUAUUAUUCUCACCAGCUUGCAGGACCACACCCACGUGGCUUCAUUGCUGGGUUACAGCUCUCCUCCCGAUGUUGAAGCCUCCUCUACAGGGCCAAGUUACAGCAGCUUCCCUGACACAUCGUUCACCUCCCAGGCCAGUCAUCCUGAUACUCAUUUGGCAGAGAUCUUGAUGAAAACACUGCUGAGGAAUUUAGGAUUCUACACAGAUCAAGCUUUUGGAGAACUCGAAAAAAAUAGUGACAAGCAACUAUUGGGAACUUCAUCAGCAGAAAACAGCCAGCCAGCUCACUUACACGAGCUCCUGUGCUCCCUGCAGAAGCAACUUCUGGCAUAUUGCCACACCAACAGUGUCAAUGAGAGCUCCAGCAGCGUGGCAUUGUUACACAAACACCUUCAGCUCUUGCUGCCUCAUGCAACUGAGAUUUACUCCCGUUCUGCAACGCUGCUGAAGGAAAGCUCCUGGAAUGGAAGUGUCCGGGACAAGCUUCAAGGAGUCCUGUAUGGAUCGGCAGCUGGGAGCAUGGUGUGUCAGAUCGUUAAUUCUCUAUUGUUGCUGCCCGUCUCUGUGGCACGGCCUUUGCUAAGCCACCUGCUGGAUUUGCUACCAUCAUUGGAUCGUUUAAACCGACUUUUACCGGCGGCAGUCUUUUUAGAGGAACAGGAGCUGCAAUGGCCACUGCAUGGUAAUCCUGAAUGUGUUGACCCUGAGGAUUUGGCCAUUCCACACCCUGCCCAGUCUUGGGUCUGGAUGGUGGAUCUGGAGAGAACGGUUGCACUACUCGUGGGCCGAUGUCUUGGUGGAAUGUUGCAGGGUUCACCGACGUCACCAGAGGAACAAGACACGGCUCACUGGUUGAAAACGCCCCUCUUCAGCAAUGGAUUGGAAAUGGAUCACUCUCAGCUAGAUAAAUGCAUGAGCUCUCUGCUAGAAGUUGCACUGUCUGGAAAUGAAGAACAGAAACCUUUUGAAUAUAGCCUUGGAGCAGAGAACGUAAUGCUUGUUGAUCUGGCUUUGGGCUCCAGCAAAGAACCUGUCAAUGCUCUGUGGCUCAAAAUGCAGGACUAUGCUGUCACCAAAGAUUGGGAUAGUGCUGUACUUGGCAACGAGACCUUGUUGGAUACAGCUUCAAGAUUUGUCCUUGCAGCUCUUUUGAAGCACACUAGUUUACUCAAUCAAGUAUGUGGGGAGAGCAGAUACCAACCUAGUAAAGCACUUGCAGAAAUAUAUCGUUGCGUUUACAAGGUCCGUAACAGAUUACUAGCAUGUAAAAACAUGGAGCUUAUCCAGACACAGUCACCUUCCAAUGAAAGGAGGUUGUCGGAGAAUAAAGAGUCAACAGAUGCUGACCUUCAGGAGCAAUCUUUCACUCGCACCAUUGAUGAAGAAGCUGAGAUGGAAGAGCAAGCAGAUCGGGAUCGUGAAGAUGAGCACCAGGGACAAGAGGAGGAAGAGGAAGAAAGGGAACAAGAGGUCAUGACUGCCGGAAAAAUCUUUCAAUGUUUCCUAUCAGCCCGUGAAGUUGCUCGCGGCCGUGACCGGGAGAGAUUGAGCAGCACGCCUGGAAUCGGCACGGGUCCUGCUGCCCGGCUGGACGAUCCACCAUCUCAGCUGAGAGAAGAGCGGCGAGUCAGCACUGGGCUUGCAGAAGGACAGGACCAUUACACAGCAGCGUGCAACUCUGUUAUUCAUCGCUGUGCACUGCUUAUUCUGGGAGUCACCCCGGCCAUACAAGAGUUGCACCAAAAGGACGAGGGGCUAAAAGGAAAUGGUGUUUCCGGAGUUAAUGACGGACUUGGUUUUAUGACCAGGAGUGAAAGCUUGACAGCAGAAACCCAUUCCGUGCAAUCAAAUUCUACCUAUAAACUGACUAAAUCAAGAAGUGAAUCAGACUUGUCUCAGCCUGACUCAGACGAGGAAGUCUGUGCUUUUAACUCCAGAAGAAAUGUGGAUAUGGAUUUAACAUCAGUUCAACGAAAACGUGUGUGUUUACUCCUUGUUGGCCAGUUGAGUCCCAGAACCAAGAGGAGCUGCAAGCAAGUAAAUGAUGGACCUCCUUAUAGCACCGAUUCCCUGAGAACUUCUUGGACGUGGCUGAAAUACAGUAGAGAUGCAUCCUAUGAUACUUCCCCCUUGUCUAAUACACUGGAAUUUGGUUUGAACCAGUCAUUCGGAAUUCACGCCUUUAUUGAUAAUGUGGUUAAUUUUGUGAGUGGAGGCGUUGGCACUUCCCCAGCUUUUAAAGAGCCCGAAGAAAAUAUGUCCUCCAACCCUCAAGCCAUCAUCAUUGCAAUGGAACAGCAGCAGAUGAGGUCUGAGCUUCGACUGGCAUCGCUUCAUCAAAUCCUGGUGUUGCUUUCUGGAAUGGAGGAAAAGGGCAGCCAGUUUGCAGGAAACAAUUGCCUGGCAUCAUGGUUCCACUCUGCUUCUUUGCUCACUUCAGUCCGACUGCAAUUUCUUGCAGGAUGCUUUGGCCUGGGCACAGUCGGAAAUAUAGAAAUCAACGGUGAAAGUGUUCAACUGCAUCACUAUCAGGAUGGCAUAAGAGCUGCUAAGAGAACCAUUCAGUUGGACAUCCAGGAUGCAGUUCACAAGAUCUACCAACAGCUGUCUGCUAUUCUUGAGCGGGCUUUACAGGCAAACAAGCACCACAUUGGAGCACAACAACGCCUUUUACUGGUGACAGUUUUUGCACUUAGUGUACGUUAUCACCCUGUAGAUGUCUCCUUGGCAAUCUCCAGUGGCUUGUUGAAUGUAUUGUCCCAGUUGUGUGGCACCGAUACUAUGCUGGGACAGCCACUGCAGUUGUUACAAAAGCCCGGCAUUUCACAGCUCAGCACAGCUUUAAAGGUAGCCAGUACCAGAUUACUUCAGAUUCUAGCCAUUACCACAGGAACGUACGCAGACAAGCUGAGCCCGAAGGUGGUUCAGUCCCUGUUGGAUCUGCUGUGCAGUCAGCUGAAGAACCUGCUCUCCCAGGCUGGAGUGCAGCUAACACCCUUGCACGGAAACAGAGAGAACAAACUGGAUGACACUGGCGAGACUGAGGAUGCAAAGGAUUUUCGAGCAAUUCUUCGGAAGCAGCACACUGCUGAGCUGCAGCUGGGGGAUUUUCUUGUUUUCCUACGCAGAGUUGUGUCUUCGAAGGCUAUUCAGUCGAAAAUGGCCUCGCCUAAAUGGACGGAAGUGCUACUUAACAUUGCUGCUCAGAAGUAUUUUUCAGGUGUCCCACUGGCUGGCAACCUCAGAACCAGAUUGCUGGCCCUUCAUGUUCUGGAAGCAGUGUUGCCUGCCUGUGAGUCGAGUGUAGAAGACGAUCAGAUGAUACAGGUGGUGGAACACCUAUUCUUGCUCAUCUCUAAUUGCAUGUGGGAGGCCCCCAUUUCCCAGGCAAAACACACAAUUCAGAUCAAGGAGAAGGAGCAGCCAACAAAACUACAGAAGCAAGGAGAAAUAGAAGAAGAAGACGAAAAUCUUCCUAUCCAAGAAGUAUCCUUUGAUCCUGAGAAAACCCAGUGUUGUGCGGUGGAGAAUGGACAAGUACUGACCCAUGGGAGUGGUGGAAAGGGCUAUGGUCUCGCAUCGACUGGCAUUGCUUCUGGAUGCUAUCAGUGGAAGUUUUAUAUAGUGAAGGAGAAUCGAGGUAAUGAAGGCACGUGUGUUGGAGUAUCACGCUGGCCUGUGCAUGAUUUCAACCAUCGGACUACCUCGGACAUGUGGCUGUACAGGGCUUACAGCGGUAAUCUUUACCACAAUGGUGAACAGACGCUGACUCUCUUCAGCUUUACACAAGGAGACCACAUAACAUGCGUCCUCGACAUGGAGGCCAGGACAAUCUCAUUUGGGAAAAACGGAGAGGAACCUAAGUUAGCGUUUGAAGAUGUGGAUGCAGCAGAGUUGUACCCUUGUGUCAUGUUCUACAGCAGUAAUCCUGGUGAAAAGGUUAAAAUAUGUGAGAUGCAAAUGCGGGGAACGCCCAGAGAUCUACUUCCCGGCGAUCCUAUCUGUAGCCCUGUGGCUACCGUGCUGGCCGAGGCCACCAUCCAACUCAUCCGCAUUUUGCAUCGUACCGAUAAGUGGACUCGCUGUAUAAACAAAAACAUGAUGGAUCGUUUACAGAAAGUCAAAUCGUGCAUUAAAGAUGUCAGCCAGAAACUGAAGAAGAGCCGUUCUGUGCAAAGCAGAGAGGAGCAUGAAAUGAAGGAAGAGAGUAAGGAGGAUGAAAAGGGCAAGCACAGCAAGCAUGGCUUGACAGAGCUGACAGAAAUCCAGCUGCGGACUCUCUGCACUGAGGUAUGGCCGGUGCUGGCAGUAAUCGGCGGUGUGGACACAGGUCUACGGGUUGGAGGCAGGUGCAUUCACAAGCAAACAGGAAGACAUGCUACUCUUUUAGGUGUGGUCAAGGAAGGGAGCACUUCAGCCAAGGUGCAGUGGGAUGAUGCUGAAAUAACAAUAAGCUUCCCAACUUCUUGGUCACCCAGUGACACGCCACUCUACAACCUGGAGCCCUGUGAUCCACUGCCGUUUGAUGUGUCGCGUUUCCGUGGGUUGACUGCUUCGCUGUUGCUAGAUCUCAUGUAUCUAACUGGCAUCCAUGAAGAUGGAACCAAACAGAGUGCGAGAAGACAUGAGAAAAAACACAGGCACGAAUCUGAAGAGAAAGCAGAAGUGGAGCAGAAACCUGAGGCCGACUCUACAAAAGAAGCCAUUGAUCAGCGAGCAAUAACUCAAUCAUCUGAGGAAACUAAGGGUUUUAUGCAAUGUGGUGCUUCCAGUUCUCGAUCAGAAAAUGAUAUUUCAACUUGCACUAUGGACUCUGUACAUCUCAGUUUAGAUUCUCAUCAGCAUUUUCUCGAGGGAAAACGAAAACUGCACGAGCACUUGCUCCGAAAUCACGACUUAGUUCAGUCAGAAAUCCGAGCAGUUCAGUUGUCUUACCUGUAUCUUGGUGCUAUGAAGACACUUAGUGCACUGCUGAGCUGCAGUAAGUAUGCAGAGCUGCUGCUGAUCCCGAAGGUUUUAACGGAGAAUGGCCACAACUCGGACUGUGCUGGCUCCCCGGUUAUUCAGGAUGACGUGGAGAUGAGAUCUGCGCUCCAGUUCCUGAUGCGCCACAUGGUGAAACGGGCCGUCAUGCGAUCGCCAAUUAAGAGAGCUUUGGGGCUGUCUGAUCUGGAGCGUGCACAGGCCGUGAUUUACAAAUUGAUUGUGAGCUCCUUGCUGGACGAUCACUGUGGCGGAAAAGCUAAACAAGAUGUCUGCCAACAGCCUGAGGAAAUGGACACAGCUGUGCAGGCUCAAACACCCGUUACUACCAGCCCGUCUGCUUCCAGCACCACUUCGUUCAUGAGCAGUUCUCUUGAAGACACCACCACUGCUACCACCCCUGUCACUGACACAGAAACUGUGCCUGCCUCAGAAUCACCAAGUGUAAUGCCACUCAGCCUUUUACGCCAAAUGUUCUCCAGUUACCCAACUACCACCUUACUGCCCACUCGACGGGCGCAAACUCCACCCAUGUCUUCCUUGCCAACCUCACCUACGGAAGAGGUGGGUAGACGUCAAAGCCUCACGUCACCAGACUCACAGCCAACCCGACCAACAAACCGAACAGCUUCAUCUGAUCCUAGUAGCAGACUGUCAACUUCACCACCACCACCACCCAUUGCUGUUCCUCUUUUGGAAAUGGGUUUCUCCCUCAGGCAGAUCACAAAAGCCAUGGAAGCCACGGGGGCUAGAGGAGAGGCAGAUGCCCAGAACAUCACUGUGUUGGCCAUGUGGAUGAUCGAGCACCCAGGCACGGAAGAGGAUGAUGAGCCACAGUCGACAGUCCCUACAGAUUCAUGCUUUGGGGCAACUGCUUCAGGCAAUGGGGACAAGUCCAGAGACCAAGGCUUGCUGCAGUCACCUGAAAUACCUGCUGCUGAUGCCACUGAAGCAGAAGAGGGUUUCAGUGAGGGCCCUGAUGGACUGGAUCUUGAGGAGAACGGAUCAUCGGCCAGUGUGCCUUCUUCCCGAAGCCGUUCCACUGUCACUCGGAGGCAAAAGUUUGAGUUGGCAGCUCGGACACUGUUGGCGCGUGCAGGUGAUUCAAGUAUUCCUACACAGAAAACUCAAGACCAUCUGUGGCUUCGACUAACUGGAGAAGCAGGUUUGUAUCGUUCAGUUCAGGCUCAUCGAAAUCAAAGCCGACGCGAGGGGACGUCAGUACCACAAGAUCCAGGUGCCCUCUAUGACUUCAGCCUUGAUGAGGAAUUGGAGAUUGACCUGGACGAUGAAGCAAUGGAAGCCAUGUUUGGUCAGGACUUUGCGAGUGACAGUGAUAUAUUGGGAAUGUGGAUUCCAGAGGUAUUGGACUGGCCGACAUGGCAUGUUUGUGAGUCUGACGAACGAGACGAAUUGGUCAUCUGUGAACUUUGCGAUGCCAAUGUUACGCAGUUUAACCAUCACAUGAAGAAAUCCCACCCCGGCUGUGGACGGAGUGCCAAUCGGCAAGGAUACCGCAGCAAUGGCUCGUACGUUGAUGGGUGGUUUGGUGGAGAGUGCGGGAGCGGCAAUCCAUAUUAUCUCUUGUGCAGCAGCUGCAGAGACAAGUACCUUGCGACAAAGAGCAAGACAAAGGUCCCAGUUUCAGAAAGAUACAAAGGCCAGGCACCUGAUCUGAUAGGCAAGCAAGAGAACAUCUAUGAAGAAGACUGGGACAUGUUGGACCUUGAUGAAGAUGAGAAACUGACCGGAGAGGAAGAGUUUGAAAUGUUAGCGGGGCCUCUUGGCCUGAGUGAUCGCCGAAUCGUACCCGAGCCUGUGCAGUUUCCUGACAGUGAUCCACUGGGAGCAUCUGUCGCCAUGGUAACAGCAGCCAACAGUAUGGAAGAGACUCUCAUACAAAUAGGUUGCCUUGGGUCGGUAGAUAAAUAUUCAUCGGGUCGGAUAACGCUUGGAGAACAGGCCGCUGCCCUGCUCAACCCACACGACCGGGUCAUGGCCCUGAGGAGAGUGACGGCGGCAGCACAGGUUCUUCUCGCCAGGACCAUGGUGAUGAGAGCUCUCUCAUUGCUCUCCGUCAGUGGCUCUAGUUGCAGUCUGGCAGCAGGUCUGGAGUCCUUGGGAUUAACUGAUAUCAAGACCCUGGUUCGAUUGAUGUGCCUGGCUGCAGCAGGCCGAGCAGGUCUCAGCCCGAGUCCAGGGACCACCAGUCUUUCAGAACGCCCGCGUGGAGCUCACAGAAAAAUCAACAAGCCAAUCUCCUGCCUGGCCUACUUGAGCACUGCAGUUGGCUGCUUAGCUUCCAACAGUCCAAGUGCGGCCAAGUUGCUUGUGCAGCUCUGCACACAGAACUUGAUCUCGGCAGCGACGGGUAUGAAUCUCACAACCAUAGAUGAUCCCAUUCAGAGAAAGUUUCUCCCCAGUUUCCUUCGAGGCAUUGCUGAGGAAAAUAAGCUUGUGACCUCGCCAAACUUUGUUGUGACUCAAGCAUUGGUGGCACUGCUCGCUGACAAGGGUGCAAAACUGAGACCAACCUACGACAAGGCAGAGAUGGAGAAAAGAGGUUUUAUUGCCCAUUUGUAUGCCCAUCCUUCCUAUGAUCCUUCUGCUGUAGGCUCUCUGGAACUGGCUAAUGCCUUAGCAGCUUGCUGCCUCUCCUCUAGACUAUCUUCCCAGCACAGACAGUGGGUUGCUCAGCAGCUCGUCCGGACUCUGGCAGCACACGACCGUGAUAACCAAAGCAAACCGCAGACUUUUGCUGACAUGUCGGGGGACCUUCGCAAAUGUCCAUUCAUCAAGCUGGAAGCACAUCAGAAUAGGGUAAUUACUUGUGAAUGGUGCAAUAAAAAAGGUCUCCUCGCAACGAGUGCCAAUGAUGGAACUGUUAGAGUGUGGAGUGUCACUAAAAAUCAUUACACUUUACAGCAAACCUGUAUUUUCAACAAAUCAGAAGUUAGUGCAGAAGACCUGGGCUCCCUGGGAUCACCUUGUGAUCCGAAUUUGUCCCUUGUUUGCUGGAGCGUCAGCGGAAAAUACAUUGCAGCGGCAUUGGAGAAGGUGGUCAACAUCUGGCAAAUCACUGGAGGCAAGGGGCUUUUGGACGUCCAGCCACACUGGGUUUCUGCUCUUGCUUGGCCUGAAGAAGGUCCCGUAGCAAGCUGGGCAGGUGACACUUUAGAAGUUCUACUGGUGGGGCGAAUGGAUGGAAGUCUGGGGCUGAUUGAGGUGGUAGACACCUGUACCAUGCACCGGGUCGAGCUCGAACAUUGCUACAGGAAGGAUGUUGCUGUCAUGGCCAUCGCGUGGUAUAGUGAGGACAAGCCAUUUGCGGUGGGAUACGCAGAUGGGAAACUGCUGAUUGGCACCAAGGAACCUCUGGAGAAGGGAACAGUUGUUAUGAUUGAUGCACACAAGGAAAGUAUCGCUUGUAUAAAGUGGGACCCAUUAGGACAGUUGCUUAUGAGCUGUGCCAAAGAAACCACCGUCAAACUAUGGAGCUUUGCGGGCGACAGCUGGAAUUGUCUAUACAAGCUGUCUCAUCCAGCGUUGGUGAAUAACGUCACUUGGUGCAGUCAUCUGGGAAAGGGAUUCAAGUUGCGCCUCAUGUUGGCCAGUGGUUGUCAGAAUGGUUUGGUGUGUGUCUGGACUGUUCCCCAGGAUGUUUCCAAAAUAUCACUGUCCGCUUCCAGCAGCUCUGAAGAAUGGUGGGAGCAAGGAACAAAGAGCCAAAUAAAGAAUUUGAAGAGUGGAUAUAGGAAAGCUGAGGAGGCAACGUGCAUCUACCAACUGAAAGGGCACCUCACUCCAGUGAGAAGUGUUUGCUUCAACUCUGAUGGGCUGGUCUUGGUGUCGGGAGGACUUGGUGGGCUGAUGAACAUUUGGUCACUUAGGGAUGGCAGUGUGCUGCAGAGUGUGGUUACAGGAUCUGGUGCUAUUCAGAACAUUGCCUGCAUCCCUGACGUUGGUGUUGUGGCUUGCUCCAGUAGAUCAAAGGAUGUGCUGGUGGUGAACUGCACCAAUGAAUGGAUAGCUGGCAACCAUGUUUUAGCAACGUGUAGAACUUCACUGAAGAAACAAGGAGUUAUUGGACUAAACAUGGCCCCGUGCAUGAGGACCUUUCUUGAAAGGUUACCAAUCAUGUUGCAGGAGCAAUAUGCCUAUGAAAAGCCUCAUGUUAUCUGUGGAGACCAACUUAUCCAUAGUCCGUACAUGCAAUGUUUAGCAUCGCUAGCUGUAGGCCUUCAACUCGAUCAACUCUUAUGUAACCCACCAAUACCACCUCAUCAUGCCGGUUGUCUACCUGACCCUUCCACCUGGAACUCCUCCGAGUGGUCCUGGUUGGAAUGUUUCUCCACCACUGUUAAGGCUGCAGAGGCAUUAGCAAAAGGAGCAACGUUGCCAGAAUGCUUCACUGUCCCAGACCUUGAACCAGUACCGGAGGACGAGCUGGCACAUGUGAUGGACAACAGUAAAUGGUUCACUGGAAUGGAUGAACAGAUUAUGUCCUGGGCAACAUCCCGGCCAGAGGACUGGCACCUUGGUGGAAAAUGUGACGUCUAUCUUUGGGGAGCAGGACGCCAUGGGCAGUUAGCAGAAGCUGGAAGAAAUGUUAUGAUACCAACUGGUGCACCUUCGUUUUCACAAGCUCAGCAGGUUAUUUGUGGGCAGAAUUGCACUUUUGUCAUCCAGGCUAACGGGACUGUGAUGGCGUGUGGGGAAGGAAGCUAUGGUCGCCUUGGACAGGGGAAUUCAGAUGAUCUUCACGUCUUAACCAUCAUUUCGGCACUCCAAGGUUUUGUGGUGACGCAGUUGGUGACUUCCUGUGGAUCUGAUGGCCACUCGAUGGCACUGACGGAAAGUGGGGAGGUCUUCAGUUGGGGUGAUGGGGAUUAUGGCAAGCUGGGCCACGGAAACAGCGACCGGCAGCGCAGACCGCGACAGAUCGAGGCACUGCAGGGCGAAGAGGUUGUCCAGAUGUCAUGCGGCUUUAAGCAUUCAGCAGUGGUUACGGCAGAUGGCAAGUUGUUCACCUUUGGAAAUGGAGACUAUGGACGUUUAGGACUCGGUAACACAUCCAACAAAAAGCUGCCGGAGAGAGUGGCAGCAUUGGAGGGUUAUCAAGUCGGACAGGUUGCAUGCGGUUUAAAUCACACAUUAGCCGUCUCUGCUGAUGGCAUGAUGGUUUGGGCCUUUGGUGAUGGAGAUUACGGAAAGCUGGGCCUCGGCAACUCGACGGCCAAGUCUUCUCCACAGAAAGUAGAUGUUUUGUGCGGAAUAGCAAUCAAGAAGGCUGCGUGUGGCACACAAUUUUCUGUUACCUUGACAAAAGAUGGCCAUGUGUACACCUUUGGCCAAGACCGCUUGAUAGGUUUGCCGGAAGGUCGUGCCCGCAACCACAACAGACCUCAACUGGUACCUGCUCUGAAUGGGGUGUUCAUUGAGGACAUCGUGGUGGGCGCUGAGCACACACUGGGUCUCUCCUCAUCCGGAGAUGUUUAUGGAUGGGGCAGCAACUCGGAAGGGCAGCUGGGUCUGGGCCACACCAAUCAUGUGAGAGAGCCCACUUUAAUCACAGCCCUCCAGGGGAAGGGCAUUCGGCAGAUCUCAGCCGGCCGGUGCCACAGUGUGGCGUGGACGGCCCCUCCUGUACCUCCCAGAGCACCAGGCGUAUCGGUUCCUCUGCAAUUAGGUCUGCCAGACUCUAUUCCGCCACAAUUCAGUUCACUGAAGGAAGUAUCUAUUGAAACCAUCAGGGCCAGGCUACGAUUGCUGUACCACUUCUCUGACCUUAUGUACUCUUCAUGGAGGUUACUUAAUCUCAGUCCCAACAAUCAGAACAGUACAUCGCACUACAAUGCUGGAACAUGGGGAAUAGUCCAAGGACAACUGAGACCUUUACUUGCACCGAGGGUUUAUACUCUUCCCAUGGUGCGCUCCAUAGGAAAGACAAUGGUCCAAGGCAAAAACUAUGGUCCUCAGAUCACUGUGAAAAGGAUAUCUACCAGAGGCCGGAAGUGUAAACCUAUCUUCGUUCAGAUCGCGAGACAAGUGGUCAAGCUGAAUGCGUCGGAUCUGCGAUUACCUUCUCGUGCUUGGAAGGUGAAGCUGGUGGGGGAGGGUGCCGAUGAUGCUGGUGGAGUAUUUGACGAUACCAUCACAGAGAUAUGUCAGGAGCUUGAAAUGGGGAUUGUUGACCUGCUGAUUCCUACUCCAAAUGUGACGGCUGAAGUAGGCUAUAAUAGAGACAGGUUCCUUCUUAACCCUUCGACUUGUUCAGAAGAGCACCUGCUGCAGUUCAAGUUUCUGGGCAUUCUUAUGGGUGUUGCCAUUCGCACAAAGAAACCACUGGAUCUCCACUUGGCCCCGAUGGUAUGGAAGCAGCUUUGCUGUAUUCCACUCUCGUUAGAAGAUCUUGAAGAGGUGGAUUUGCUCUAUGUACAAACUCUGAACAGCAUUCUUCACAUUGAAGAUAGCGGAAUUACUGAGGAGAAUUUCCAUGAGAUGAUACCUCUUGAUUCAUUUGUGGGGCAAAGUGCUGACGGCAAAAUGGUUCCCAUAAUCCCAGGUGGAAACAGCAUCCCGCUCACCUUUUCCAAUCGGAAGGAGUAUGUGGACAGGGCCGUCGAGUAUCGGUUGCACGAAAUUGAUCGUCAAGUGGCUGCCGUUCGAGAGGGGAUGUCUUGGAUCAUUCCUGUCCCACUACUGUCUCUCCUCACUGCUAAACAGUUGGAACAGAUGGUUUGUGGGCUGCCGGAAAUCUCUGUCGAAGUCCUGAAGAAAGUAGUGCGUUACCGGGAGGUGGAUGAGCAGCAUCAGCUGGCGCAGUGGUUCUGGAAGACGUUAGAGGAAUUCUCCAACGAAGAGAGAGUCCUCUUCAUGCGCUUUGUGUCGGGCAGAUCCCGCUUGCCAGCCAACACGGCGGACAUCUCGCAGCGGUUUCAGAUUAUGAAGGUUGACAGGCCUUACGACAGUUUGCCUACCUCACAAACCUGCUUCUUCCAGCUGCGGCUGCCGCCGUACUCCAGCCAGUCCGUCAUGGCUGAACGACUGCGCUACGCUAUCAACAACUGCAGGUCCAUCGACAUGGACAACUAUAUGUUGUCCCGCAAUGUGGACAACACAGAAGGCUCAGACACAGAUUACUGAUACUCCGAACAAAGACUACGGCACUGGGAGCUACAGUGAGUGAGCCUUCUGCUAGUGUACGUGAAAGUGACUACUGCAGUUUAGUGAGAAGCCCAGAAAAUUUUAAUUGUAUAUGUACUUGAAGAAAAAUGAAUGUGAUUGACAAAUGUUAUUGUUUGAAUUUUAAUUUCAACUAUAAACAGGUUUAAGAAAAAAAAAUGCAAUUCUUCUCCUGGUAUUUGUUCCUUUUUUGUUCCGUUUUGGAUAAGUUUGCAUGGAGAUAAUUUGGUGCAUUACUGAGAAUGGUAUAAAUGAUCCCUCCCAGCGUUAGAGGGCUACAAAAUUAAAGUUGAAACGAAAAUGUACAAUGUGUAUAAUUGUUCAUGAGGGAGAGCAAUUUUACAUAAAUAUUCUUAUAUUUAUUUUUGUUUUCUUUUGAAUUGCCUGUGCUGAGUUUCCCAUCAGACGUACAUCAGAAGAAUAAAACAUUAAUUUAAAGCCA